GGUCUCGGCCUCGUCUUCCUGCUCCAAGGCGACCCGGGUCUAGGCAAAACCCUCACUGCCGAAAGCGUCGCCGAGCAAGCUUCCAACCCGCUCUACGCCGUCACCUCCGGCGAACUUGGCACCACCGUCAACGAAAUGGAGUCCGCACUGAAGAAAGCCUUUCGCAUCGCCAAGACCUGGGACGCCAUCCUUCUCCUCGACGAAGCGGACGUUUUCCUCUCCAAACGCAGCGUCGAUAACCUCGAAAAGAACGCUUUCGUCUCCGUCUUCCUGCGCUUGAUGGAGUACUACCAGGGAAUCAUGUUUUUGACCACCAACCGCGCUGAAGACUUUGAUCCAGCGUUUAUGAGUCGCAUCCAUCUCAUCCUCGACUACCACCCGCUCACCCCGGAGAGAAGGGUGAAGAUCUGGCGGAAUCUGAGCGCCAAGAUGGCCAAGGACGAGACGCUGGAUGAAGGGGGCUUGCAGCAGUUGGCGACGGAUUACGACAUCAAUGGAAGAGAAAUCAAGAAUCUGCUGCGGACGGCGUGGUGUCUGGCGAAAGACAAUAGGCGACCGUUAACGAUGGCGGAUAUCAGAGCUGUGGCCAGGAUC